AUGGUGCAAAUUGAAGAUCCUGAUGUACGUCUUCUUCGUGAAAUGGGUUACACGCAGGAACUCUAUCGUGGCUUUUCUCCAUUUAUGUCAUUUGCUUUCUGUUUCACUGCUGUCAAUGUCCUCACAUCAAUUUCAAUCGGUUUUACAUAUUCACUCAACACUGGUGGAUCAGGUGUGACAAUAUGGGCAUGGAUUAUUGGAGCUAUAUUUACUAUCCUCAUCGGACUUUCUUUAGCUGAAAUAUGUUCUGUAUACCCUAGCGCUGGAUCUGUAUAUCAUUGGGCAGGUCAGUUGGUCUCCGCUAAGCAUGCACCAUUGGCUUCGUUUAUUUGUGGUUGGUUCAAUUUCAUAGGGAACUUUGCAGGAGAUGUUGCGUUUGCAUCUGGCUUUGCUACGAUUAUUAAUGCAGCUAUUAUUCUCGAAGGCAAAGAUUCAUUAAGCACGGGUGCCCAAGUGGGCAUUGCUAUAGGCAUCACUUUUAUAUGGGCUGUUCAAAACGCGUUGCGUAUUGAUCAACAAGGCUGGCUCAAUAAUUUUGCUGUUAUAUUUCAGCUUGGAUCGGCAGUUACUAUUGUUACAGUACUUCUUGCUAUGGCUCCUGAACGAGCUACGGCUCAUAACGUUUUUACAUCGACAUACAAUGGUACUGGAUUUCCAUUUCCAUAUGUAUGCUUCAUUGGUAUCCUUUCAACGCUUUUUUCAUUCUCCGGCUAUGAAGCUGGUGCUCAUUUGGCAGAAGAAACAAGAGAUGCAAGCCGCGCAGCUCCAAAAGGAAUCGUAGGCACUUGCAUAUGCAGUGCUAUCACUGGUUUUGCUUAUUUGCUUGCUCUACUCUUUGCCAUUCCGGAUGUGAGCUCGUUUGUGGAUAACAAUAGUGGAGAUAACUCAACGCAAAACCUUGCUGUUGCUACCUAUCAGCUUGCUGUACCCCAAAAAGGCGCACUUGCAUUGACCAUUCUACUCAUUCUUAAUUUGUAUUUUGCGGGUAUGUCGUCAUUGACAGUGACCAGUCGAAUUGGCUUUGCUAUGGCUCGUGAUGGUGUAUUUCCACUAUCGGUGUAUCUACGUUGGAUAUUCAAGCGAACAAAAACUCCAUUGGGCAAUGUGAUAUUUGUUUUUGUCAUUGACUGUCUUCUUCUCCUUCUUCAAUUAGCAUCAACGACUGCUUUCACUGCUAUUCUUUCCAUAGCUACACUUGGUUAUCAAAUAUCCUAUUUUAUGCCUAUUUUCUUCCGAUGUACAGCAGCAAGACACACUUUCCCAAUCGGUGAAUUCAAUUUAGGUCGAUUCAGUCUACCCAUCGCUAUUAUCUCCGCCGCUUGGCUUUUUAUUACAUCUAUCAUCAUGUUCUUUCCUGCUGAAUAUCCGGUUACCAAAGAUAAUAUGAACUAUGCUGUAGUAAUCGUCGGUGGCGUAGCAUUCCUUGCAGGUGCCUAUUGGAUUAUCUCUGCUCGUCAUUGGUUUGUAGGGCCAAAGAGAACUACUAUAAAUCAUAAUAAAUUAUCAUCGGACCAGACCAUCAAUGAUGACACUAGGGACAGAACACCAUCACUCAGUGUCAUACAUAUUCGAUUGUGA